AUGAAGGCGCUCCCUGCCUCUGGCCUUGCUGUCCUCCUUGUCACAGCUUUGAAGUUUUCCGCUGCAGCCCCCACCCUAUUUGCCGCUACCCCCAGGACCUGGAGGAACAACUACCACCUUGCACAGGCAUAUCUUGACAAGUUUUAUACAAAGAAAGGAGGCCAUCAGGUCGGCGAGCUGGCUGUGAGAGGAGGCAAUUCCAUGGUCAAGAAGAUUAAGGAACUGCAAACAUUCUUUGGCCUCCAAGUCACAGGGAAGUUGGACCAGAACACAAUGGAUGUGAUCAAGAGGCCACGCUGUGGAGUCCCUGAUGUGGCCAACUACCGCCUCUUCCCAGGUGAACCCAAAUGGAAAAAAAAUAUGUUGACAUACAGAAUAUCCAAGUACACCCCCUCCAUGAGACCUGCUGAGGUGGACAAGGCAGUGGAGAUGGCCCUGCGGGCAUGGAGUAGCGCUGUCCCUCUCAACUUUGUCAGGACACAUGCAGGAGAGGCGGAUAUUAUGAUAUCUUUUGAAAGUGGAGAUCAUGGGGACUCCUAUCCAUUUGAUGGGCCUCGAGGGACUCUAGCCCAUGCAUUUGCACCCGGAGAAGGCCUGGGAGGAGAUACACAUUUCGACAAUGCUGAGAAGUGGACUAUGGGAACGAAUGGCUUCAAUUUAUUUACGGUUGCUGCUCAUGAAUUUGGCCAUGCUUUGGGCCUGGCCCAUUCCACAGACCCUUCAGCACUGAUGUACCCAACUUAUAAAUAUCAGCAUCCCUUUGGAUUCCGCCUUCCCAAGGAUGAUGUGAAAGGGAUCCAGGCAUUGUACGGACCUCGGAAAACAUUCCCAGGAAAACCGACUAUGCCCCAUGUCCCCUCUCACAAGCCGUCAAUUCCUGAUCUCUGUGACUCCAGUUCAUCCUUUGAUGCAGUGACAAUGUUGGGAAAGGAGCUUUUAUUCUUCAAGGACAGGAUUUUCUGGCGAAGGCAGGUGCACUUGCCAUCAGGGAUUCGGCCCAGCACCAUCACCAGCUCCUUCCCCCAGCUCAUGUCCAAUGUGGAUGCAGCUUAUGAUGUGGCUGAGAGGGGAAUUGCCUUCUUCUUCAAAGGUCCCCACUACUGGAUAACCCGAGGAUUUCAGAUGCAAGGUCCUCCUCGAACUAUCUACGACUUUGGGUUCCCAAGACAUGUGCAGCGCAUAGAUGCUGCUGUCUAUCUCAAGGAGCCUCAGAAGACCCUUUUCUUUGUUGGAGAUGAAUACUACAGCUUUGAUGAACGGAAAAGGAAAAUGGAAAAAGACUAUCCAAAAACCACUGAAGAAGAGUUCUCUGGAGUGAGUGGUCAAAUUGACGCUGCUGUGGAAUUAAAUGGCUACAUUUACUUCUUUUCAGGACCAAAAACAUUCAAAUAUGAUACAGAGAAGGAAGAUGUUGUCAGUGUGGUAAAAUCCAGUUCCUGGGUUGGUUGCUAA